AUGUCUUCUGCAAUGAUGUUGCCUUUUGCCAUCCCAGCAACACACGAAAACUUUGAUGGUCCCUUUCAAGAAAAUCGAUCAUUCAGCUUACAAAUAAACGACGGAAAAUGUGACACAGAAAUCCGAAGUAGCGUCUCUCUAUAUACCAUUUUCUUUCAUUUUGUCUUUCUUCUGUAUCUUUUUCUUUCAUUUUCUCUUCAAUUAUUGCUUCUUUCCUUUUUUUUUCUUCCUUUUCGUUUUUUCUACUUUUUCUCUUCUUUUCCCCUUCUAUUUCACUUCCUUUUAGUCUUCCUGCUUCACUUUUUCUUUUCCAUUCUGUCCCCUUUUUUCUUUUAUUCCUCUGUAUCUUUUCCAUCUUUCUUCUUCUCUUUAACUUCCUCCAGCAAAAAUAGCUUUGAACAAAAAACUCUAAAUUUUUUUCAAAUUAUUCCUUUUCCUUACCCUGCCAAUACCUCCCUCACUCUCUCUCUCUCUCUCUCUCUCUCUCUCUCUCUCUCUCUCUCUCUCUCUCUCUCUCUCUUUCUUUCUUUCUCUUUCUCUCUCUCUCCCUCUCUCUCUCUCCCUCUCCCUAUCUCUCUCCCUCUCUCUCUCUCUCUCUCCCUCCCUCUCUCUCCCUCUCCCUCACUCUCCCUCUCUCUCUCUCUCUCUCCCUCUCUCUCUCCCUCUCUCUCUCCCUCUCUCUCUCUCUCUUUCUCUCUCUUUCUCUCUCCCAAUUCCUUCAACGAAUGCAUUUUUUCUUUCUUUCUCUUUCUUUCUGUCGCCUUCUUUUUCUCUCUCUUUUUCUUUGACACAUACACACUGAGUUCUUUCUUUCUUUCUUCAUCUUUUCAUAACUCUCUCACUAUAUCUCGCACACACACAUACUACAUGUUUCCUUCUUUUUUUUCUUUCUUACUUCUUUUUAUUCCAUUCUCUCUCUCUCUAUCUAUCUAUCUAUCUAUCUAUCUCUCUCUCUCUCUCUCUGUGAUUCUUUUUUCUGGCGCAAACAGUGUAUCUUUCUUCAAAUUUUAUCAUUCUCUCUCUCUCUCUCUCUCUCUCUCUCUCACUCCUCACUCCUCACACACACACACACACACACACACACACACAGUACUUUUUUUCUUUCAUUCUUCAUUUUUUCAUAACUCUCACUCUCUCUUGCUCUCAAACGGGCACAUACUGCAUUUUUCUUUCUUUUUUUCUUUCACACACACACACACAUAUAGUGCAUCUUUUUCUCUCUUUCAAAAUAUCGCUGCCCAUAUGCCAGAAGUUAUUCUGUCGACUUAUCUCGUAAACAUUCCUGCUCCGGUGCCUUCACUUAAAAGACAGACGGCGUCUGGAUGA